GAUAAUCUGAUACAUACAUAUAAUAUUAUAACUCAGUUUUGUUCACUUAUGUAUAUUGCAACUUACCAUAAUUAACAGACCAAUGUUCAUAGCUUGCAUAUAUAUACACGAACAAACGCAAAAUAACAAUAAAAUAUUGUCUUUAACUGAAUUUUAUUUUAUUUAAAUAAAUCAACUUCGUUUGUAUUUUUAUUCGGGUAUUUAUUCUAACUUGGUAAAAUGUAAUUAGGUAACUAUGAAGUUAAAUACAACACCCGUUUUAAAAUUGUUUCCUUAAAAAUGGGGAGUUGGUUUAGAUGUAUUUUAUCUUCAACGUUGUUACAAUUUGUUAUUUUAAAAAAUAGAACCUAGAUAAAUGCAUCACUCAGAAAUAAAAACAGGAUGUUAAUCUAUAAACGUCCCGACAUUUCAGUUUGAAGAUUUGAUUAAUGAUUCUCUGAAAAUAGACACCAAAAACCUGAAAUUAAAACAAAUAGACUGAGGUCUAACUAUAAAUUAGAUUCUAAAAAUAUGUCAAACAACAAUGAUAACUAGCUUUUUUAUGAUUAUUAUUUAUUCUACAAAGACGAUAUAAUAAAUAAUAUGAAUAUUUUCACCUAGCAUAUGAAUUUUAUCAAGUGAAUUAUAAUAUCUAUAAUGAAUUAAGUACAACGUUGUGAUUAAAAUUUUGAAUAAUUAAAUUGAUUUAACGUUUUGACAGGAUAGUUAGAUAUGCAAGAGUCACGUACAUACGUAAAUUACAAUUUUCUAUGUUUUCUUUCUUUUCAUUUCUGUUAACGUUUCAGGACUAUUUUUAGUAAGGAUUGGUAAACAUGGCGAAGAACGCAAAAGAAGCCAGCGACUUUUUGUCGGAGGCGCUUCUACAGCUUGACAACGUCCUCUCGGCUACACGGGUCCACAGUUUCAGCGGAAGCCGCGAGACCGGACAUGUAAGAUCUCGAAGUUUGCCGUCUGCGGUCCCGAAAGUCGUCAGUUUGUUGUCGGACCUCCAUACAGUGCUGCAAAAGUGUGACGAUAAAGAGGCUCUGAAGCAGACGAUACCUCGUGACGUCAUGACGGGGGUACAACACUGGUUGAUUCCAUCCCCCGAUGAUUAUAAAAGCUCCAAGGAUACGGCCAGGGACAGCGGCUGCACAAUUCAGCGCCUGGAGAAGGACAAGCAGAGCCUGACUCUGCAGGUGUCCGUCUUGUCCGAUCAGGUGGAGGCCCAGUCCGAGAAAAUCCGGGAACUGGAGUACUAUAACAACGAGCGCCGCCUCCGACUGCAGGCGGCAGAGGAAAUGCUGGAAUCGGAACUGUUGACAAGAACAUCUCUAGAAACCCACAAACUUGACUUGAUGGCCGAAAUUUCCAGCCUCAAGAUCAAACUGGCCUCAGCUGAUAAGGACAGGAGAGAUCUAGAUGACAGGCUGAGACUGUCUCAGAGACAUGCAAAAGAGUUGGAAUCCAGAUUAGCAGUCAAAGAUGCCGAGAUCAAUGAAUUGAGACAGAGACUUCUGAAAAAUGGCUCCAUCCCAACACCAGACUCCAGUGGGGACUCCUCAGUUUGCAGUUUAGAGAAAUCAGUAGACCGAGAAAAAACUUUAGAUAGACUUAAACGCAAACAAUACGAAGUUGAAAAAUUGAAGAAGGCAGUAGAAGCUUUGAUGUUCACGAAUCAGGAAAAGGACAAAAGAAUUGAUGAACUGCGGAGACUUUUAAAGAGAUAUAAGAAAAUAGAAGAAAUGGUUGUUCAGGCCCAAGGUCGCAAGGCUUUGGAGGAAAUGAUUUUGAACGCUGAAGAUGACACCAGCUCUACAAGCUCCAACACCCCCUCUCUGAGCGACAAUAUUCCUAGAGACCAACAUCAGAGUGAAGAAGGAAGAGAAAGGCCUUAUCCAAAUCCCAGUGCCACAAGCACUCCAGUGCACUCUUUGCCAGAGAAUGGCAUCGGAACAGGAAAUUCUAGUGUUUUAUCUGGGUCGUCUCGGAGAGCCCUGCAGAGAUCCAACAGUGCUGAGGACCUCACCCCCACCAAUCAAAAAAAAAAGUCCUCCAUAAACAACAAUGAGCCAGAGGGUUACCACAAUGGAGGAAGUACGCUAAACUUUGGUACGUUUCCCGGUGAGGGUAGUGAGGUUCGAAGGUCACGGGGUUUCCCCGCUCUUGGAAAGGCCCUGCUACGUGUCAAAACUGGGAAACGGAGCACGUCUGCUCCUAACUUAGCAAAUACAGAAGUGGUCACAGAUGAUGAGGACGGAUUACAACACGUCGGAACAUCUCGACCCCCAGACGUUAAAAAGAAGAAGGGAAUCCUGGGGCUGUUUGGGAAAUUGAAGAGGAGUGGAUCUCAAGAUUUUCAUGAGAGGGAGAGGGAUCAGUUCAGAAGGGGAGGAGUCCGAGCCACAGCUACUGCCAGGCUCGGUUGGUCUCGAGAUGUCAGGAGCAACGACCUCUAUAAUAAUAGUGAGAUGCCAUUUUCACGAUGGGAUUGUGAGCGAGUGUGUUUAUGGUUGAACGACUUGGGUCUAAACAUGUACUUAAUGGAUUGUCGUCGGUGGGUCAAGAAUGGGGAACAACUCUUACGUGCCACUCAGCAUGAAAUUGAAAAGGAGCUUGGUGUCAAACACCCACUACACAGAAAGAAACUCCAGCUAGCACUGCAACAGAUCAACAGCACAGGCAAAGUCAAGAAGAUGGACCUAGACCACCACUGGGUCACCCGAUGGUUGGAUGAUAUUGGACUGCCUCAGUACAAGGACAAUUUCUAUGAUGGCAGAGUGGAUGGGCAGAUGCUUCACUAUCUCACCGUGGAGGACUUGCUGUCCUUAAAAGUGACCAAUGAACUUCAUCAUAUCAGCAUUAAACGAGCAAUCCAGGUGUUGCAUGCCCACGGGUUCAACCCUCAGUGUCUCCGGAGGCGACCCUCUCCAGACGAGGGUCAGCUACAGAAUAUCCCAGCUGAUGUCUCCCUGUGGACAAACCACAGAGUAAUGGAGUGGUUACGUACAAUAGAUUUGUCCGAGUAUGCACCAAACCUCAGAGGCAGUGGAGUUCACGGAGCAUUAAUCGUCCUGGAACCAAGGUUCAAUGCGGAGCUUUUUGCCCAGAUUUUGUCCAUCCCCCAGAAUAAGACGCUGUUAAGGCGUCACCUCAGUACUCACGUAGUGGCUCUGAUUGGCAACGAAACUCAACACAAGAAGCGGGAGGCGGAGUCUACAUCGGGCUACGUUCCUCUCCUACCAAACGCUAAGGUGAAGAGUAAAAAAUUUGGAAUUUUUGGUCACAAGAGGAACAAAUCUGAUGCUGACCUGGAAGACUUUAUCUGUCCAGAUUUCACAAGGCGGCAAAACGGAGUCCACCAAUCAAAAGAGAGAGAUGAAAAGGCUGCUAAGGAAAUAGGUGCUUACUCAAAAGAAAUCAACACUUUGACAGACAUGCUUGCUCGUGACAAGUUUUUUGACAAUGUGCCUACAUCAAAUGUGUGAAACUCUGUAUGAUCUGCCUAAAGGAUUACGUAUUUGAAUUAACCAAAACUGUUGUGGACCUAAAUGCCAUUGACACCAAUCAAUAAAAUCAUGCAAAGGUUUUUCUAUAUAUGCCACACUAAUGGGUUUCAAGACAAGAUCAGUUUACUUUGGUUGUGAUGGUAACCGCUAUGUGCCUUCCUGGUGGCUGGCCACUAAACAAGUAUCUCAUCAAAUACGAAGAUUGCCAAAUGGUUUUAUUUUAUUAUCAUAAUGUUAAUUCUGUUUUACAGAGGUUGUAAAAGUGAGCAAAUGUAAUUUUGUAUAUAAUAAAAAUGCAAUUGUGUAUAAAUGAAAUUAUGUGCAUAGUUUGUGUAGAUAUGAAAUUAUAUAGCAACUUAGUGUGUAGCACCUGUACAAAGUAAGUUUUUAAAUAUUGGAUACUGAAAAAUGCAAUGUUCAGUUUUAUUUACGGUGUCAAAUUUUGUUUUUAUCUUCAUAAAACCAUUAGUUCAUCAUGUGAAUUUUAAUUUUUAUUAAUCAUUUGCAUCAUAACAAAAGUCAGGCAAAAAUCAUAAUUAUCAAGGGCCAUUUUAUAUUUUUAUUUGUUUAUGAUUUUUAGAUACCGUUGACAAUUUUUACCUCAUUUUUAUUUAGACCAAUUCAAAUAUGCACAAUGUUUGUCUCAUGCAACCCUUAGUGCUGAUUAAUAAUUGAUGUAAAUAUUUGUUAAAAUUUACAGAAAUAUUGCUGUACAUGUUAUUUUCAAAGAAUAGAAUGUUUUUACAGAUAAUGUAAGAGGAAUAACUCUGUCAAGUGAUCUGUUAUCAUUUAAGUCCUUAGAUAAAAAGAAUGUUAAAAUUUGUGAUAAGAUACUGAUAUUCUGGACAUCCUCAUGAAUAAGAAAGUUUUCUGUUUUGGAGAUGGGUUGGAAGUUAUGUUUUGGCUUCAAUUAUUCCAAUUUAAAAAAUUUGAUUAAUGUAUUAGAUUUUGCUGGCCAAAGUCACAUUCAUUGAUAAAUUUUCUCCUUUAAAAUUUAAUUUUCUGUUUUUUUCUCUAUUUUAUGUGUAUCAUUUAUAUUCUGUAGUAGUAUGGCUUCCUUGAAUUCCCAUUCUGAAUUUAGUUUACUGAACGCCUUUGUUAUUUAAAGUAUCAUUAUAGUAGGUGUUGGCAUGUAAAAUUAAAAUGAAUCCCAAAAUCUAGUGAUAUUUUCCUUUCAGUUGUAUCAGCUCUAGUUAUGUAUCUUUAACAUUGGUGCUUGAGCUUUUAUUUCCAUCAAUAUGUUUUAUGUAGCUUAUAGCUUUUUUUCUGUGGAAUCCAACUAAAGUAUUUAUGAUUAUACACAGCAUUUGUGUCAUUUGACAAGCCUUUGUCUACAAUCACUCUUAUGUAACUUAUUGAACAAAUACACAUGUAUUCUUAGAAUUCACACGAUUAUUGGAUCUUCAUGCAAUCAAAUGUUGAAUCCAUAGUUAUAGUAUGGGUAUUCAUUGACCACAAUCCCUGUUGGUGUCUAUUUCCAAUAAUUUUUUGGAAGUGAUACAUGUAAUCAUGUUAAUACUGAUUCAAGUAUUUUUCCUGAUCAUGAGGAAUACAUCCUUCAGACAUUUUCAAAAGAAGCCGUAAUAAUCAAUGCCAUGGUAAUUUACCACAGAAAAUGGCUCCCCAUUAAGUAGCAUUUUGAUUUUUAACAGCCAUAAGUAUUUUUUUUAUGUUGUAUAGUUUCCCUCUUAUUUUGAUAGAAAUUCUCUUACUUUUUUCAUGAAAUCAUGUUUUAGAUGCAAAACCAAUAAAUAUAUUUUAAAAUAUAA